AUGCCCAACAUGAACACCCAGAACACACAGAACAUCUCUCCUCCAAACCAGCUGGCCCUGGGAAUGCCCCAGUUUACCCAAAUGGCUCUUCAGCAGCAACAGAUGUUUAAUCUAAUUAUGCAGAAGAGAUUGUUGCAAGUGCAGCAGCAAAAUCCACAGCUUCUUUCAGAUCCUCAAUUCAUCCAGAAAUUGCAUUUUCAAACCCAAAUGCAGAUCCAGCAAACUGCUGCUCUUCGUUUUCAACAACAACAACAACAAAAUCAAAUUCCCCAACAGCCUCAGCAGCCUCAAAUUCCUCAACAGCCCCAAUUUCAACAGAAUCAGCAACAACAGCAAAAUCAACAACAACAGCAGAAUCAGCAACCACAAGUACCCAUCAACCCACAAACUCAACAAAUCCAACAAAUCCAGCAAAUUCAACAGAUCCAACAGGCUCCACGAGUCCAGCCAGUAGUAAAUCAACAGCAAAAUUCAAAUAUACAUUUACCACCUCAAGCAAUUCCAGGUUCUGCUCUGGUUGUUGCUUCUCCUGCUCCAAAGAGAUCUCAAAAUUCAACCCCAUCAAUUUCAAAUUCUUCUGCUCAAUCUCCCUUGGUUAAUAAUCAACUUCUUUUACAACAAAAAAUUCAAUCUAAUCUAGCUUCCAUUCAAAAACAAACUUUAGACAACGUUGCAAUUAAAAACUCUAAUAAUAAUAAUAAUAAUAAUAAUAAUAAUAAUAAUAAUAAUAAUAAUAAUAAUAAUAAUGAUCAAAAUAACAAAAUUAUCAAUAAAGAACCAAAUAACCAAUUUUCUGUUUCAAACUCUCGCCCUCCUUUGACAAAUAUGGUAAAAGAACAACAACCCAAUUUUGUUUCUCAAAUCCAACAACAAUAUCAAAAUCAAAACCAACUUCAAAACCAACCUCAAACUCAGAAUCAAAAUCAAAAUAUAAAUCAAAAUUUAAAUCAAAAUAUAAAUCAAAAUUUAAAUCAGAAUAUGAGUCAAAAUAUCAAUCAGAAUAUCAAUCAAAAUCAAAACCAAAAUCAAAACCAACACCAAAACCAAAACCAAAAUCAAAACCUAAACCAAAAUCUAAAUCUAAAUCAGACUCAAAAUAAAUUAAAUAUCCAAAAUCAGAACCAAAUUCAAAAUCAAAAUCAAAAUCAAAACCAAAUUCAAAAUCAAAAUUUUAUACAAAAUCAGCAAAAAAAUAAUUCUCAAUCUCAUUCUUUAGCUCAGUCUCCUCAAAACCUUCAAGCCUCUCAAAUUCAAUCACAUCAACAACCUCAACCAAACCAGACAUCACAAUUACCACAAAAUCAAAAAUUUCCUCUAAACUCACAAUCUCAACCAACUUUAUCACAUCAAAAUAUCAUUUGGCAAAGACAAAACGCAAAAAAAUUUCAAAUGGACCUAUUUAUGCAAACUUUUAUUGAUUUUACAAGAAGAACUGGUAACCCAAUAAUGGAGGCUCCCUUAAUCAAUGAUAAACGUUUAAAUUUUUUCUUCUUAUAUGUAUGUGUUCAAAAAUUUGAAGGUUAUGAAAAAAUUGAAAUGAAUCCAGAAAAAUCUAAAAUUUGGGAAAAUAUCAGUAACCUGGUUGGUCUUCCAAACAGCGGUCCUCGAUUAGCUCAAAUUUAUGCUGAAUAUCUUUUUCCCUUUGAAAAAUAUUCCAAGAGUCCAGAAGGAAAAAACGAUCUAAAAAUUAGAAAGCAAAAUUUUCUGCAAGCAUAUCAACAACAAUUACAACAAUUACAACAGCAGCAAAAGGAUCAACAGAAGCAUCAGCAGAAACAGAUACUACCCAACCAGCAACAACAAACACCUAACCAAUCUAGUAGUCCAAACAUAGGUCAGACCCCUCAAUCUCAAAGCAUUAAUCUCAAUACAUCUCAUCAAUUUUCGCAACAAUUAGGAAACCUGUCGAUAAGAAAUAGCCCUGUACCUAGUAGUGUGAUAUCGACUCCUCGACCAUCUUCUGCUGUUCAUACUCCACUAUUGGCUACAAAAUCAUCCUUACCAACUAUACCUGCGACUCCAUCUGCUUCCAUAGUGAAUAACGUAAACAAUAAUCUUGUAUUAAAACAAGAAAAACAGCCUAUUUCCCAACAGACAUUGCAAUCUAAUCAUCAAAAUUUAACUUCCAGUAGUCCUGCUGCAGUCAAUAGCAAUAUGUUUAAAAACAACAUACCAAAUUCUUCUAUAAAUGGUAAUGUAGCUAAAAACAAUGUCAAUAUUAAUAAUGUACCAAAGACUACAUUUCAACAACCAAUCCAACCUGUUGCUGCUCUUUCAAAUAAUCAAAAAAAUUCAGCUAAUUCCUUUUCUCAGCCUUCUUCAGAACAAUUACCACCACUUUACCUCCGAAAAUAUGAACCCAUCGUUCGUAUUCUUGAUCCUAAAUCAUUUGGAGGUUAUCGUUUGGAAAAGAUCACUCAGAUUGGAGAAAAAAUUGACAAUUCAAAACCAGUUUUCUUAUUUGCUCCUGAAUUAGGAACGGUUAGCAUACAUGCUUUAUCAAUGUCUUUAAUGUCCAAUUCCUUAUCCGAAAUCAAUAAUGCUUUAAACACAUUGUUAGUUUUGUCUGCUGACAAUUCCAUUUCGAUUCCUUUAAAUCAAUGCGGAGAAUUCUUAGACAUAAUUUGCAUGUUUGGCUUGAAAAUCUUGUAUAGGUUGAUUCAUGAUGGAGAUGAAGUACUAAACAAAGAGAUUGGUUUUGAAAAAAAGGAGUUUGAUGUUGAAAAUAUUAAUAGUUAUGCUUCAUAUUCUUCAAAUAUUGAUGAUGUAUUUAACAAAUACGUUAAAAAUAAAAAUCAAAGCCAUAAUUUGAUAAUAGAAGUUGAUUCUUUUACAGGUGAUCCAAUACCAUCCAACUCUUUUGAAGAUAGUUUUCAUGUUAUAGAUAAAGAUGAUAGCGUUAAUGAUAUUGACAUUAUGGAUACAUUCAGUGAACCUAAAUCAUCAUCCAAUUCUUCUGUUGUGAGUCUAGAUGAGGUUUUUUAUGAAUAUGAUUCUUCUAUCUCGUUACUGGAAAACUUGAGUUUUACAACACCAUCCUAUAUGGAAAUGCUUUUUUCAUGCAAGAAAGAAAGUGAAGAAGUAUUUAGCAAAAUUCAUACCAAAUCUGCCGAAAACCCCAAAGUUUUGUUGCUUGAUCAAUUGACAACCAUAUCAAUGUUUUUAAGAAAUAUUUCUUUUACCGAAGAUAAUCAAAUUUCGCUUGCUGAAAACGAGUGCUUUAAGGAUUUUUUGUUUAAACUUAUAUUUUCAGUUUUCACGAAAUCUUCAUCGUUUAUAUUUUCCAGAAGAAAGUUGGCAUUUUUGAAGGACUCGUUAUUAUUAUUUAAUAAUAUUUCGUUUUUAUUAAAAUUACGAAGUUUCAAAGAAGCAUUUCUUAUUAUAAUUUUAGUUUUUUCGUUUGGAUGUGGAUAUGAAUUUUCUGAGAAAUUAGACAAAGAUCCUUUAAAAUCGUUUUUGCCCUCUUCUAUCGCAGAAAUUCAAAAAUAUCAAGCCUACGGUGUUGACUUAUUUACAAAGUUAGCAGUGAUAGAUCCACCAAAUAAGAGUUUAUUCAAGGCUAUUUUAACAUGCAAUUGUGUACUGGAUGAUAAUCUGGACGAUGAAUUUUUUUUUAAAUCAACAAUGCAUCAGUACAAAGAUUCAUUUGAUGAAACUAUUGGACUAUUAAAAUUAUAUACAAAAUCCAAUAAUUUAACGAAUGGAAAACUUUUGGAAAAUAUGUUUUUGUAUGUGAUAUCUGUGGUUCCGUUAUCAUCAGGGUCAAUUGGACAGGACUCGAUAUCAGUAUCAUUGCAGGCAUUGCUUGCUGCACAAUUGAUAUGCAACAUGAUACCAACGGAUCCUAGCAAAAUCAAUCAGAAUUUGGCAUUGAAAUGGUUGACUAAAGAUAGUUGUUUUGUGCCAAAUGUUUUGCGAUUUGGCUUUAACUUGGUUAUUUCAUCGAUGGAUCCCAAAUCUAACUAUUUGACUUUAUUUUCUUCAAGAGCUAUUGGAUUGGUUAACAUAUUGAUUGAAAAAGCAAUUGAAUAUUCUGAGCUAAAUAAUAGUAAAACAGAAUUGAUAGAAAUCAUGUAUAUUUCCAAAAUAACUCCAUCAACAGAAAACAUUUUGUGUACAUUAUCUAAGCCGGUUGAUGCUGAAAUAACAAAUGAGUCAGUGAGAUUAUACGAAUUGAUGAAAAGGGUUGAUUCAAUUUUAUGUGAAGAUGUUGAGUUGAAUUAA